AUGAAGACCUGCAUACAAACCAACAUCAAGUUGCGAAAAACCAAGAAGGCAUUACCACCUAUACCGCAGCAAAAGUUUGGUCCGGAGUCUGCAAAAGUACCGCCACAUCAUUGCAAAAAUCCCUGUGAAGAGCAACCACCAUCAUUAAAAGCAAUGCCAGCCAAACCAAGCAACUCCGAAGUCACAAAAUUAGCUACAGGUGCUACAACAAAGCGCCCAGCCACUGUGAGCAAAAAGCAAGAGAGACCCCAAGAAAGCGAAUCUGAACCCGAAGUCAGCACAGCAAGUCACGACAGUCUUGGAAGCAGACGCCCCAGCCGAUUACGGAGGCCACCAUCGUACUUGAAGGAAUACAACGUAAAUUCCGAAGAAGAAGAAUACACUUAG